UCUGCAACUAUAUAUAUAUAUGGUAUGUUUGGGAAACUAAACUUGCCUCUUUGGAACUAAACACCAAACCCCACUAAUUAUUGUACCUUCAAUUCUCUCUAAGCCUCAAAUGAGUUCCAUUGGGAAAACCCCUUCUUCCAAUGAAGAGAGUGGUUGGACUAAGUACUUUGAAGAAUUCUUUAGCAACAAAAAUGGUAAUAAUGAUUAUGAUAAUGAUGAAGAGGACCACAAUAACAAUAAUAAUAAUUGUUAUUCUUCUAUUAUGGUCUCUGAUGCUGCUUCUUCUUCGGCUCCUAAAAGAUUAUCUAACUAUAAUAAAAAACCUCAUGAAAAGGAGUUUCCUUUGAAAAUGAGUUUCAACAACAACAACAAGAAUUUCAAAACACCUUUGCUUGAUGAUGAUGCUUCUUUGCAAGAUACUGCAACUUCUCCUCUCACUACUUCCAAGGUUUUGUAUGGAAACCAGUUUGAGAAGCCAAAACAAAUGGAAGAUUUAAAGGUGGAGAUCAGGUUCAACUGAAUUUACGUACA